AUGGCUGCACAGACUAACACAGGGAGACGAGCCUACGUCACCCUCCUCACCAACGCCCGCUACCUCCCAGGCCUCCUCCUGCUCGACCACACGAUGAAGCAAGUCAACACUCGCUACCCUCUCGUCGUGCUCACCACCCCUUCCUUCCCCUCGGAACACCUCGACCUCCUCGAGACGCUCGGAAUGGAGACGCGCCGAAUCGAAUUGCUCGAGCCACAGGGCGGGGUGACGCUCAUUGCGGAGCGGUUCAAGGACACCUGGAGCAAGCUGCAGGCAUUUGCGCUCGAGGACUACGACCGCGUCGUCUUGCUAGACUGCGACAUGACCGUCUUCAGCAACAUUGACUCGCUCCUCGAAGACCCCGAUGUACUCCCCUCUCCCGACUGGAUCGCCGCGAACCAUUCCUGCGUAUGCAACCCGCUCAACCAGGACUGGUACGAGCCUGAUUGCAAACCCGAGAACUGCGCCUACACCUACUCUCAAUCGCACCCUCACUCACCACCUCCUCCUCUCCCCCUCCUCCCCUCCAAGCGAACCUACACCCUCCUCAACUCAGGCCUCGUAGUCCUCUCCCCCUCUCGCUCUCUCUACUCCCGAAUCGUCAACUACCUCCACACAUCUCCCACCAUAGCGUCCAUGGCCCUCCCCGAUCAGGACCUCUUAGCGGAAGUGUUUGAAGGGAGGUGGAAGCCGCUUAGUUGGAGGUUCAAUGCGAUCAAGACGCUUAGAUGGGUGCAUCCGGAGCUGUGGUUCUCGAAUGAUGGGGAGGGGAGGAAGGUAGAGGGCAGGGAGAGGAACGAGAAGUGUGGAGGAGACGGGGUGGCGGUCCUACACUACAUUGUCGAGAAACCCUGGCUCGACCUCCUCCCCUCCUCCUCACGCGACGCCGAAACCCACCGCUGGUGGUGGUCCGACUGGCACUCUAUGCUCGACUCGUGGCGGGCGGAUCCGAAGCUCGCGCGAUACGUCGAGCGGGUUGAGGCGUUGGUAGUGCAGGGGAAGCAGGAGUAG